AUGGAAAGUCCGGCUUCAAACAAUCCCAGCCCUUCUCUUGAUCUCGAAAAGGUAAGCAAAGAAUCCGAUGGUUCUAUUUCGGGAAUGGCUAAGGGUGUAUUCGAUCAAGUAAUGCAAGGAAAUCCAUAUUUCGCUGCUGGUGGUGGUUUGAUGCUUCUUGGCUCGGCACUAGCUUUGACCAGAUCCGGCAUGAUUCGAGCAAGUGGACUCUUAUAUCGUCAACUGGUGGUGGACUUGGAAAUUCCCUCUAAAGAUAAAUCUUACCUUUGGUUCCUUGAGUGGAUGGCCAAACACCCGCAUAGGUCAUCUAGACAUUUGUCGGUCGAGACGAAAUUUGUUCAGCAUGAUAAUGGUGCUACAUCUACAAAUUUUUCACUAGUACCGGGACCUGGCAACCAUUUGAUUAGAUAUAAAGGUGCUUUUAUCCUUAUUAAGCGUGAGAGGUCAGGGAAAAUGAUUGAUAUGACCAAUGGUGCACCAUUUGAGACCGUUACUCUCACGACUCUGUACCGUGAUCGAAAAUUGUUCAGUGACCUCUUGACAGAAGCCAAGAAUUUGGCUGUAAAGUCAAAAGAUGGAAAGACUGUGGUUUACACUUCAUGGGGCCCAGAAUGGAGGCCAUUUGGUCAACCAAAAGCCAAACGAUUAUUACCGUCAGUGAUUUUGGAUCGUGGUAUAAAAGAAGCUAUUUUAAAAGACGUAAAAGAGUUUAUGAGCAAUGGCAAGUGGUAUUUUGAAAGAGGCAUCCCAUACAGAAGAGGUUACUUACUAUACGGUCCUCCAGGAAGCGGAAAAACUAGUUUUAUUCAAGCACUUGCCGGCGAACUAGACUAUAACAUUUGCAUUAUGAAUCUGUCGGAGGCCAACCUUACCGACGAUAGGCUCAAUCAUCUAAUGAAUAAUAUUCCUGAGCGAAGCAUUCUUUUGCUGGAAGACGUUGAUGCUGCAUUUAACCAAAGAAAUCAAUCCAGUGAAAAGGGAUUUCAAUCUGGAGUAACCUUUAGUGGUCUCUUGAAUGCUCUAGAUGGAGUGGCAUCAUCAGAAGAGACCAUUACCUUCAUGACCACGAACCAUCCUGAACGCUUGGAUCCGGCCAUUUUGAGGCCAGGGCGUAUUGAUUAUAAAGUCUUUGUGGGCAACGCUACUCCUUUCCAGAUGGAGCAAAUGUUUUUGAAGUUUUAUCCUGGAGAAAAAGAGAAGUGCAAAGAUUUUGUGAAACACGCAGCAAAUCUUAAUGUCGAGGUGAGUACAGCUCAAUUACAAGGUCUAUUUGUAUUCUUUAAGGAUGAUCCUGAUUCCGCUAUCAAGAUGGUUGACACAUUGAAAUCACCAAAUCACGUAUUCCAAUAA